AUGUGGCAUGCAAAGUGGCUUCUGCCUCUGCUCUCGCUGCAGGCGUGGGCAGCCCCCGCGAGCACUCUUAGAGAUACCGUCUCUUUUGCGGUCAAAGAUGGAGUGAACUACACGGUAUUUGAGCAUGCCGCAACUGGAGCCAGAAUGGAGUUUGUGAAGAACUCUGGAAUCUGCGAAACCACUCCCGGUGUCAACCAGUACUCGGGUUAUCUCUCUGUUGGCAACAACAUGAACAUGUGGUUCUGGUUCUUCGAAGCGCGCAACAACCCUGCAACAGCCCCCUUGGCCACCUGGUUCAAUGGAGGUCCUGGCUGUUCCUCCAUGAUCGGUCUGUUCCAAGAGAAUGGCCCGUGUCACUUCACUAACGGCGCUAGUCAGCCCUCAUUGAAUCCAUACAGUUGGAACACUUAUGCCAACAUGUUGUACAUUGAUCAACCGAUCGGUGUCGGCUUCUCGUAUGGCACGGACGAUGUCACCAGCACAGUGACGGCUGCUCCUUAUGUCUGGAAGCUGCUCCAGGCUUUCUAUGGUCAAUUCCCGCAAUAUGAGAACCGAGACCUCGCUAUCUUCACCGAAUCUUACGGAGGUCACUAUGGACCUGAAUUCGCAGCAUACAUUGAGCAGCAGAAUGCCGCCAUCAAGGCUGGUUCCAUCUCGGGAGAAAAUAUCAACCUCAUCGCACUUGGUGUCAACAACGGCUGGAUUGAUCCAGCCAUUCAGGAGAAGGCCUACAUCGAUUACGCUUACAGCAAUUCGUACCGUCAGUUGAUCAGCUCCUCCGAUCGAACCAGCUAUUUGAGUGCAUACAACAACCACUGCCUGCCUGCUAUUCAGAAGUGUGCCGCGACCGGAUCGAACCGCGACUGCGUCAAUGCGAACAAUGUUUGCUACAAUACCAUUGAGGGUCCGAUCAGUCAGUCUGGCGACUUUGAUGUCUACGAUAUUCGCCAGCCAGCCAACGACCCCAACCCACCAUCGACAUACUCCACUUACCUUGCAAACCCAUCCGUGGUCAAGGCUAUUGGAGCCAAGUCAACCUACCAAGAAUGCCCCAACGGUGCCUACAACAAAUUUUCCUCGACCGGUGAUAACCCUCGCUCUUUCCUUUCAACCCUCUCCAGCGUAGUUCAGUCCGGUGUCAACGUGAUCGUUUGGGCCGGUGACAGCGACUGGAUCUGCAACUGGGUGGGCAACUACGGGGCUGCCAAUGCAAUUUCCUAUUCUGGUCACACGGAAUUCAGCAACAAGGCGCUUGGCCCAUACACGGUCAGUGGCGUUGAAAAGGGCCAAUUUAAGACGGUCAACAACUUGUCGUUCCUGCGGGUGUAUGGUGCUGGACAUGAGGUGCCUUAUUAUCAACCGGAAACGGCUUUGCAGGUGUUCAAGCAGAUCUUGCAAAAGAAGCCCAUCUCGUCAACCUGA